AUGGAUCAUGGGAUAGUGAGGGUUGUCAAUGGAGGAUGGCUGGAUGGGCUUACGCGAUAUGCUGUCACGCGACCCGACACGAGCACGAUUCUUUGGGAAACACUCUACGAACCGUGGGAUCUCUUCACAAGACUCGACAAAGGAGACGACGUGACUGCGGCUGAGCCCGUGACUUUGUUACGCGACGUUUGCUCUGGGCACGAUUCUUCAGAAAAGAACUGUUCCGUCAUAUGCACCAGCUCAGAUGACUUAUUCGCCUCUUGGAAGACUCUGUGGCAAUGUCUAUCUCUCUCAUCGUUAACUCUCGCAAACUCCACAUUCUCUACACUUGAUCAACAUCGUGGCGGGGUAGGAAACGGGACAUCGAGGGAGCAGAUCUCGAGCGCUUUGGCGUCUUUUGGUAUUACUAACGCGACCGACUUUGACGGAAAGGCGGUUCUGAAUCUGACUUAUGAGUGCGCUGCUGCAAGUUGCCGUGAUACUAGCAUGGGGGAGUGCUCCAUCGGCCAACUCAACCCGGGGUAUUUCGAGAGUGAGACUAUCCAAUGGAUCAAGGUGUACGAGGCUCUUGCACCGCUAUGCGACGGACUGGAAAGCGAUAUCAACAUCGAUAUUACUGGACCUGGAGUACUAAUAACAUACAUUACUCAAACAGCCAUGGUGGUCUUUGCAUGGCUCUUUUUCCUACUUCUAAAAGUCAACAAGUUCAUCAACACUUCAACAUCAAUCUUUACUCAUCUCUUCCGAAAAAGAAACCCGGGUCCUAAUCUCUUGACCCAUCGUGUAUCAGGUCUUGAACGCCUCGAGCGCACGAAUCUUGCGCACGCAACGAGUAUCUUUCUCGCAGAGCUUCACGAAGCACAAUGCUUUUUCGUCGUUGCCAUCGAAAUAGCCCUGAUAAACGCCAGUUCCAGGUCAGCUAUCUUCACUGGGGCUGAGAAUUGGCAGAGUCUUCUGUGGAAUCGCGACAGUGUCCAAUUUCUUGCAGGUAUGGGAGCUUGGCCCAUUAUUCUCGGACAGAUCUCCCUCCGAAGAGCCGAGCUAGACUCAAUGUACUAUCUUCUCCUCUCGACACUUGCUCUGGUACUUGCUGGUGUUGCAGCUGAUACAGCUGCAAAUCCAGAUCCAGAUCGGAUAUACAAGAUGUUCCAAGGACAGAAUACACUUCAAGAAUGCGGCGGUAAUCCUUCCCUUCGAACGUUUUAUGUGGAAGAGCGAGAAGGUCUAUACUGUCCCGACCUAUCAGCAGUAUACAACGACAAGAUCACGUUGAAGAGCAACGCACAGACACACAACAUAGUUGACCAGUCCUCCAUUCUCCGGGGCACCCGUUGGAAGUUGACGCGAUCGAAAGAAGAAUACGAGUUUUAUACUAAAGAUCAGCUUAAGCAGUCCUCCAAAGACUGCCAUCUAUGUAGCCUCCUCUGGCAUUCCUCAUUUGGCUCUCAGACAACUCCAGCAUCUAGAGCUUGCCCGGGAGAGUCUAUCGCCCAGAAACCAGACGUCAAUACACCGCUACUUCCCGCAAUCCCUAGACCAUGUAGUUCUGGUGACUGUGAACAAGGCGUCAAAUCCAGGAACCUCUCAGUCCAGGUCUCGGCGACUAGAGACUUUGGUCGUCGGCAAUCACUUCGGAUUCGCCUAUACGAGAAGAGAUCCAGUCUAUUCCCUUGGCUAAAAGUCCAAGAUGCCAGCUAUGCACCUUACAAACAUAAUUGCUGGCAGUUCAACACGACUGGCUCUGAGGCUAGCUUUCUUUGGGCCCGAGAAAUAGUUGACAAGUGUGAACGUGAACAUCAUAAUUGCUGCAACCACUUCAUUCGAUCCACGAGUCAGCGAUACCUUCCCAAACGACUCAUCGAUGUGCAAUCCAGGGGACAAGGGGCCAUACAACUGGUACUGAGCAAAACUCUUGAAUCAGACCGUACCGUUGAGUAUGCUGCACUUAGUCACUGCUGGGGAACGACGGUCAAGUCUGAGCUUAGGAAGGACAGUGAAGAAACGAUGAAAACGAUUAUGAUAGAGACCCUGGAUCCGAGUUUUCGAGACGCGGUUGACAUAACAUACAGAAUGGGGAUCAAAUAUCUCUGGAUCGACUCGCUCUGCAUCAUGCAACGAACCGAGGAAUGGGAAGAGGAGUCUGGCGACAUGGGUCUUGUUUACGCAAGGGCAAAGUUUGUGAUAUCCGCGACGGCAUCCAAGAACUCAGAUGGUGGUUGCUAUCAACCCAGAGAUCUUUAUCCCUACGACUGCGUUCUAUGCGCUAACUGGACAUCUGCACUCGUUGUCCGCUCGCGGAUCAGGUAUCCCGACCUGGUGCAUCUUUUUGGUGAAAGGGUAGAUCGUUCGUUCCUGGCUACAAGAGGCUGGACCUUUCAAGAAAGGUUCCUCGCUAGCAGGAUUCUGCACUUUUGCUCAGGUCUUUUGAUGUUUGAGUGCAACACAUUGACUACCUCUGAGUGUCAUCGGGAAGAAGAGUAUCCCCUGAUUGCCCAUUUUACCCAAGAUGGGACUCUGAACUUACCGAAAGUCCCUGAUCCAGGCCGUGAACCACCCAAGCAGCUCUGUAGUAGUAAGAGCGUACAACAUUCCGGUUCAUCUACAAGACCUUUCAACCGCCCAGCCAAUAACACAGUUGAGGAAAGCUGGUACGCCAACCCCAAGCAUGAACUAUGGGCCGAGUGGAAACAACUUUACGAUGUACAAAUGUCAUCUCUGAGGACCAACGCCGCAAGACUAAGCAUUCGAGGGGCCUUCAGUUUCCUUUGGUCCUUCAGGGGACAGGAUAUGAAGGAGAAAGCAGAGUUCCACCUGAGGUGGUAUGAGAUGGUGACGAGCUACUCGAUCCGCAACCUUACUAAUGACAGCGACAAGAUGAUGGCUAUUGCCGGUGUAGCAUACUUCAUUCAGCAGAGUACGGGCUUCACGUACGCUGCCGGGCUAUGGGAAGAGACUUUACCUUUCAAUCUUCUCUGGGUGGCGGAACCUGGAGUCAAAAGGCGACCUUCUGGCCGGUCUGUUCCCUCAUGGUCUUGGGCAUCGGUGGACGGCAAGAUCUCGCACCACCUGAAGAAAAUCGGCCCAGCUUUCUCGUCCGGCUCAAGGAUUAGCUUAACAGUUGAUGGCAGCAGUGGUUCUAACUCAUGGGAUUAUAUACAAUCCCUGAUAUCAGACCUGGAGGUUCGAGCCACACACAUAGUAAACGGCAUGGCCCUUAAUGUUACGCUGAGGCUAUCCUGCCAGCUCUUGGCGUUUAGUCUUUCGUCAUCAGGCUACGUGUACGAUACACUGGAGCACCAUGAGCGGGGAGAGAUAAGAUGCUUACCAAUUUUCGAGUUCGGGAAUCACAUAUUUGGUACGUCGACUAAGACAUCGCAAAUCCAGGGAAUCCUGGUUCGAGCGGCGUCGAGCACUUCAAGCCAGGGCGAAGGUACAUGGGCUCAGUAUAAGAGAGUGGGAUACUUUUGCACAGAAAAGACAAACAUUCACUUCCAGGAGACGGGCCGAGAGGGACGACGGUCCAUUGAGCUUAUCUAG